AUGGUGUCGACGAAGCUCUUGAGCGCAGCGGCGCUCUUCUCCUUGGCUCUCGCCCAGAACAACAACAACAAUAAUAACAACAAUGGGCAAAAUGGAGGCAACAACAACAACAACAACAACAAUGGGCAAAAUGGAGGCAACAACAACAACAACAACAAUAAUAAUAAUGGGGGCGCGAACCAGGCACAGGGUGGAGGCGCAGACUCGACUCAGCUGCUGCCGAAUGCCAUCCAGACCGGAUCUUUCUUCGACGGGCAGCAGGCUCUAGGCGCCAGUGACGAGCAAGUUGCUGCCGCUACCUCCAAGAACAACUUUAUCAACUUUUGCGCCGGCAAGACCCUGACCAACGGCCUCCAGAUCACGGAUGGCUCGUGCAACGGCAUUGGUAAGCUUACAGCCAACCCCCCAACCCCGAACGAGAAUCGUCUUCCCGCUCGGCGUACCGGUACUAACGUGUGCGUCCCUGCAGUCAUGGGCGACAUCCCUGCCAAGAACAAGAUGAUCUCCAGCAUCAUCACCUUCCCCCAAGCCGGCCAGACGAUCGAGAGCGGCAAGGACUUCAACAUCAGCGUCCAGGUGAACGGCCUCCAGGCAGGCGCCUUCACCAACGCCGUCGCCACCUACUACUCGUCGCCCCAGACGCUCAACGGCCAGGGCAACGUCAUUGGCCACACCCACGUUACCGUGCAGGACCUCGGUAAGAGCCUCAACCCGAGCACGCCUCCAGACCCCACGCAGUUUGCCUUCUUCAAGGGCAUCAACGACGCCGGCAACGGCCAGGGCCUCCUGCAGGCCGUCGUCACCGGAGGCCUGCCCCCAGGACAGUUCCGCGUCUGCACCCUCACCUCGUCCUCCAACCACCAGCCCGUCAUCAUGCCCGUCGCCCAGCGCGGCUCCCAGGACGACUGCACCAAGUUCACCGUCAACGGCAACGACAACGACAUCAACGAGGCUGCCAACAACGGCGCAAAGGGCCAAGACGCCGCCGCCCAGGCCCAGCAGGCAGUUGACCUUGGCGCCGGUGCCAUCGAGAACAAUGGAGGAAACCAGAACAACAACAACAAUGGCGGCAACCAACAGCAGGGUGGCAACCAGGGUGGCAACCAAGGCAACCAGAACCAGGGAGGCCAGGGCAACCAGGGCCAGGGCAAUCAGGGCCAGCAGGGAGGCAACCAGAGAGGCCAACAGGGAGGCCAGCAAGGAGGCCAGCAGGGAGGCAACCAGGGAGGCAACCAAGCCCAGGGCCAGCAGGGUCAGGCUCAGCAGGGCCAGCAGGGUCAGGCUCAGCAGGGCCAGGCUCAGCAGGGCCAAGCUCAGCAGGGCCAGGCCCAGGGUCAAAAAGCCCAGGCAGCCGGUGGAAACCAACAAGCGCAGCAGCAAGGACAGCAAGGACAGCAAGCCAAGGCUCAGGGCGAGCAGAAAGCAGCCGGCCAGCAAGCUCAGGGAGGACAGGCAGGCGGACAAGACAAGAACCAGGCCCAGCGUAAGCUUGCUUCCCAGCCUAUGAACUCCCCAAGGACUUCGCUAACCUUUCAAACCUCUUUUACAGAGAAGGACCAGAACCAGAAUGAGGGUGCCAAGAAUGCCCGCCUAGCACGUCUGGCCCGUAGACGCUUCAUUGCCUAG